AUCGUAUUGAAAUACUCGUGCCUUGACUUACUGCCAGUUCUUUUUCAUCCAUCUAAAAGCAGACUAGCAAGAUGGCUAAACGUACUAAAAAAGUUGGAGUUGUCGGUAAGUACGGCACCCGAUAUGGUUCUUCUCUGCGUAAGCAAGUGAAGAAGAUCGAGAUUACCCAGCACGGCAAAUACACUUGCCAGUUCUGCGGUAAGGACUCUGUCAAGCGCACAGCCGUCGGCAUCUGGAACUGCAAGUCUUGUCGCAAGACCAUCUCCGGUGGUGCUUGGGUUGUCAGCACGGCCACCGCCGCCACAGUCCGCUCAUCAGUGCGUCGUCUGCGUGAUAUGGCCGAGCUAUAAAUAAAACUCAGCUUUUAGAUACCUGCGUCUUCCUUUAAUUUCGGUUGAGCUGAAGUGCUGACAGGCAUUAUUUGAUCGUUCUUUUGCUGUGUCUAUUAUCUUAAAAGUGUUUUGCUCAUAUAUAUGUGCAAGGGGGCUCUGGAAAUGCUAAGUGUAUAGAUGGAAGAAGUCCUCAAGGGGAAGUUUGGUUUGGAGGGUUGUGUAUAGAAAGGGAUAAUGCAUGUACAUGCUUAAGCUGUUAUUUUCACGUGGGUGUUCAUUUUCGAUUGUCUCUAGUAUGUUAUAUACGAACACAAAUCGUAUAUCCGAUGUGAAUUAAAUAGUAAUUUGCUUGCCAGUGCACACACAAAUAUUGUGUGUGCUAUAAGAAAUCGUAUUUCAACAUGUAAGAACAGUUCUACUGGGGAGACGAGUUCUGGCCGCCGUAGUUAGCCAGUUUUUUUAAUGGCUACAUACUCAGCUGGUUACGGGGCUUUCUUGAGAUGAAGGUUGCGUGCGGCGUGAAGAAAAUCGAAACGAGGUGAGUCGGCUCUCGUGUCGAUAUUCUGGUAAGCACAUAGUGCGUGGAUUACUAUCCGCCGGUAACUUUCCUUUCCGGUUAAAGUAUAUGGUACCAUGUAGAAAAGGGCCGGCUCGGGUUGAAAUGGCUUUUUUCAAUGUACAGUAUAAUUCAGACCUUCAGGUUAGCUGUGAUGAACAAUCGAAGCAUCUCUUCGCAUUAAAUGACGACGAAUGAACACA